AUGGGCGCCACGGAAGACGGCGACGCAAACUUCUCCGCCGAGGUUGCGUUGGAAUCUCAGGCGUACUGGUGGCACGAUAAAUAUCGUCCACGCAAGCCUAAGUAUUUCAAUCGCGUUCACACAGGCUACUCGUGGAACAAGUACAACCAAACGCACUAUGACUCGUCAAAUCCGCCUCCAAAGAUUGUGCAGGGGUACAAGUUCAACAUCUUCUACCCGGACCUCAUCGACACCACCAAGGCGCCUUCUUACAAAAUCGAGCCCGACGGUUCGCCAAAUGCCGAAACGUGUUUGCUCAAAAUCACCGCGGGCCCACCGUACGAGGAUAUCGCGUUCAAGAUCGUGAACAAGGAAUGGGAAUACAGCCACAAGCGAGGAUUCCGAUGCACUUUUGAGCGCGGCAUCUUCCACCUCUACGUCAACUUCAAGAGAUCGAGGUAUCGACGAUAG